AUGGGAAACUUCUUUCGGAAGCACUGUUCCUGUUUGAAGCGUUACCUUCCCUGCUUAUUCUGUGGGACAAAUGGUGAACAGGAAGACAAAGGGGGCCAGGUCUUUGCCAACAUUGCUGUGGUAAAACCUGACCUCCAAGCAGGACAGAAGGACUUAGAGAGUAAGAUAAAAGAAAAACCUUUACCUCCACUGCCUGGCCAGGGGCUAGCAAAUAUUUGCAACUUUGUGGCUCUGUUCGAUUAUGAUGCUCGCACGGAGGAUGACUUGAGCUUCCGAGCUGGGGAUAAGCUGGAAGUGCUGGAAGCAUCCCAUGAGGGAUGGUGGUACGCCAAGCUCCUCCUGCCAGAGGGGUCAGUCUGUCCUGGCCGCAAGCUCACGGGCUACAUCCCUGCCAACUACAUUGCUGCUGACCAGAGCAUCGAAGCUGAGCCAUGGUUCUUUGGCCCAAUCAGACGAGCAGAUGCCGAGAGACAACUGUUGUACCCUGUAAACAAGGAAGGAGCUUUCCUAAUCCGAGAAAGCGAAAGUCUAAAAGGCGAAUACGCACUCUCAGUUUUUGAUGGUACAUCUGUGAAGCACUACAGGAUCAAAAGGAUGGAUAAAAGCUUUUUCCUAACCAGAAGGAAAACCUUUAAAACUUUGAAUGAGUUGGUUGACUAUUACAGCAAGAACAGUGAUGGCCUCUGCGUGUUGCUGGGACAACCAUGCCUAAAGAUACAAACUCCUGCUACUUUUGAUUUAUCUUACCAAACUGUUGAUCAGUGGGAGAUAGACCGACAAUCUCUGAAAUUAGUGAAAAAAUUAGGAUCUGGUCAGUUUGGUGAAGUAUGGGAAGGACUGUGGAAUAAUACCACCCCUGUGGCAAUCAAAACAUUAAAACCAGGUUCAAUGGAUCCAAAAGACUUUCUGAGGGAAGCACAAAUAAUGAAGAACUUGAGACAUCCAAAGCUUAUACAGCUUUAUGCUGUCUGCACUUUGGAGGACCCAAUUUAUAUUAUUACUGAGCUGAUGAGAUAUGGAAGUCUUUUAGAAUACCUUAAAAAAGAUGGAGGCUCUCAAAUCUCCCUGACACAUCAAAUAGACAUGGCUGCUCAGGUAGCUUCUGGGAUGGCAUACCUUGAAUCUCAGAACUAUAUCCAUCGGGAUCUGGCAGCCAGGAAUGUUCUUGUUGGUGAGCACAAUGUUUACAAAGUGGCAGACUUUGGACUUGCAAGAGUUUUUAAGGUAGAAAAUGAAAAAAUAUAUGAAGCUAGGGCUGAAACAAAACUCCCAGUGAAAUGGACAGCCCCGGAGGCAAUCCGCUACAACAGAUUCAGCGUUAAAUCAGAUGUCUGGUCCUUUGGGAUACUUCUGUUUGAAAUAAUCACCUAUGGGCAGAUGCCUUAUCAUGGUAUGCCAGGACACCAGGUGAUCCAGCUGCUGGACAAUGGGUACAGACUUCCUCAGCCGGAGACGUGCCCAGCGCCGCUCUACAGGAUGAUGGAGAAGUGCUGGAAUGCAGAGCCCGAUGAGCGGCCCACCUUUGACUCCCUCAGUGACCAGCUGGAGAAUUACUUCAACAACGAGCUCUAUUCCUUUACCUAG